UGGUGGAUGAAACUUAUCCUACUAUGGAAGGUGAGAAAAGAGCACAUGUUUCUUCAGUUGGUGCCGCGUUUUGUGUAUCACGAUGGCUACUGAGGGUGAAGAAGGACUUUUGGAAGAAGCUGUGUUAUAUUUGGCAGAAAAGAAGUACAGCGAUGGAAUUUCGAAUAACAGGAAGAGGCAGAUUAGGGCAAAGGCUAAGAAAUUUGUUUUGAAAAGCGAUGAGUUGUACUACAAUCCUGGGAAUAAUAAACCAAUGGUUAAAUAUAUUAAGAGCAGAUCAGACCAGAAGAGAAUUGUCAAAUCUUGCCAUUUGGACGCAACAUCUGGCCAUUUAGGAGUACGGAAAACAGUGUCCAGGAUUCGUGAGAGGUUUAUGUGGAAGGGGAUUUGGAAGGAUGUGAAAGAGAUGGUAUCGACUUGUAAUGAGUGCCAAAGAAUGAACAAACCAUCAAUAGUGACAGUGACAGAGCUUCAUCCAGUGCCUAUCCAUUCUCCUUGGUAUCAUGUUGGAAUAGACUUUGUUGGUCCAAUUCAUCCAAUCAGCAGACGUGGCAACAGAUUUAUUUUAACACUUUCAGAUUAUUUUACCAAAUGGGUUGAAGCUAUACCAUUACCAUCAAAGUCUGCUGUUAAUGUCGCUUCAUCAUUACAUCAGGUAUUCAUGCGGAUGGGCUUGCCCAAGCUACUCACGAGUGAUCAGGGAGGAGAGUUUAAGAGUGACUUAGAGAAAGAAAUAAUGAGACUUCUACAGAUAAAGAGACACUACAUUACACCAUAUCACCCUCAAGCCAAUGGCCUUGACGAGCGCUGGAAUCAGACUCUAAAGGCAAUGAUAGUGAAAUUUACAGAAGGAAAGAAAGAUCAGUGGGAUGAGUAUUUGCCAACCUGUGUAUUUGCAUAUAAUACAGCAAAACAUGAGUCAACACUUAACACCCCUUUUGAAGUUAUGUUUGGGCGUAAAGCUAACCUCCCCAUAGAUUUGGAUUUUGAAGAUGCUAAGGGAGAACAGUUGCUACAUGAUUAUGAGACAACAGGACCAUCAGAGGAUACAAUGUCAAAGCUCACAGCUACUAGAAAGGAAUUACUGCAAACAACUAAGAAUAAUGUUGCAGUUGCCCAAGAAAGACAAAAAGAGCAGUACAAUCUUAAGCAUGUCAAGGCACCAAGAUUUCAAGUUGGUAUGAAAGUACUGAAGAAAGAUUUUAGGAGAAAGAAGAGGAAAGGUGGAGGAAUGACAUACAAAUGGCUUGGUCCUUAUGAUGUCACAAAUGAUGUUGGUAAAGGUUUCUAUUCUCUGAAGGAUGUAGCAUCAAAUGCAGUCAUUAAGCGAAUACACGGAGCUCAUCUAAAGCAGUUCAAAACUCCACCUACUUCUCCUGCUACAAGUCAGUCACUUUCAGAGGAUUCUUCAUUUGUAAGUGAAUCUAGUGCCUCUAAAGAUUUCAGUCACAAUGAAUCAUGGACUACACCAUCACCUCUACCACCACCAAUUAUGCAUAAAUCUGAACCACACUCUUCUACACCUUUCAAUUCAUCUAAAUCAUCCCCAUCUUUGACAUCCUUACCACCUCAGUCAAAUUCUUCACUGAAAUCAAUACCAAAAUCUUCACUGUCUAACAUCACUAGUACUGAAUCACUUGUACAAAACCAAUCACAAGAGCUUGCAACUAAUAAUGAGACACCAGAUUAUGAAAAAGGUGGUUAUCUAAUGACACCUUCAAGUCCAGUCUUCCCAGAAUGUGUAGAUUCAGUACAGCCUAUGUUGUCGGUUUUUCCACCAGAGGUGCUUCGGCCGCCAUAUAAAACUUUGUGGGAAUUAACUUGUGAUGAUACUGAGAUAACACAAGAUUAUACAUCUAUAUGUAAUGUACCAGCUGAUGACUCUAAGAAUAUGACAAGUGAUAUUUUGAAAGAUGAUUGUAAUGGAAAUCAUGAAGUAACAACUACACUGGUAGGAGUAAGGAAGCGACCUUUUGAACCUGGACAAUUGCAAGCUAAGCGUGUUGAGACUGGCUCUCCUACUAGUAAAAAGCAGAACAUACAGGAACAAAAAACUUGCAAAUUUUCAUCGUGCAGUACCAGUGUUUCACCCGUUAAUAAGAUAAGGAGUGUGAAAGACAUUACCUACGAAUCGAAGCCCAAGAAAUGUAUUACUUUAGCUGCAAAAAAAGAUAGAAAACGGAGGUUCAGGAAAUAUGAUAAUCUAAAUAAAGACAACAAACCACCUGAUAGUGUGGAUUUAACAAAACAAAUAGAUUCAUCAACAGAAAGUAAAUCAGAAAACUUUUGGAUUGAAGAACUAAGGCUUCGUAAAACUGAGAAGGACUGUAUUCAAAAGAGGGUAUGGCUUACAGACAAUGUCAUCAAUGCUGCACAGAAGCUCAUUCAAAAGAAGUUUCCUAAAAUUGAUGGGUUACAAUCUGUAGCUUUAGCAGAGACAUUGAGCUUUUCAAUUUUUAAGGGUAACUUUGUACAGAUAUUAAAUGUCAAUCACAAUCACUGGAUAACUGUAUCAAAAGGAUCUGAAUGUGAUGUGUACCUUUAUGACUGCAUGCUUUUGACAAGAAUACCACUUCGUACACAAGAGCAAAUUGCCUCAAUAUGUUUCGGCAAGGAGAAAAGUAUACGUGUUGGUAUUAAGAAUGUACAGGAACAAAGUGGUGCAAGAGAUUGUGGGCUUUUUGCUAUUGCCUAUGCUACAUCUGUGUGUUUUGGAGACGAUCCAUCUGAAGUAGCCUACAUUCAGCAUCAAUUGAGACAUCAUUUGAUAUCAUGCUUUGAGAAAGGCGAAAUUAUCCCAUUUCCAACACGAUCAAGAAGACGUCAACCCAGGAAGACAACAUAUAUGGACAUUCUCAUUUACUGCCAUUGUAGACAGCCAGAAAAUGGGAAAAUGGCGGAGUGUAAUGCAUGUCACGAAUGGUACCAUGAUGAUUGUGAAGAGAUACCAGAUGUUGUUUGGAGGAACCCUAAAUAUAACUGGAAAUGCAAGAAAUGUACACAAAUCUAACCUGUUUUGAUAUUUGAAUUUUUGUGAACUGUGCAGUGAUAUAGUG